GUUUUACAGUUUUCGCUUGUAUUUAUUUUGUUGGAAGAUUAAAUCACCAAAAUUUGCUUAUAAUAUUUCAUUAGUGUUAUGAAGUUGAAACAUUUGCAGUCGUUGACACAACAGGCGGAGGAUGGUCCAUUCCAAGUGUUGGCAGCCACGUGGUCACCUAACAACCAAAAACUGGCAGUAUGCAACAACGACAGAGUGGUGUUGCUGUUCGAUGAGGCUGGUGUGAAAAGGGACAAGUUUCCCACUAAGCCCGCUGAACAUGGGGCUGGUCGUCAAAGUUAUACGGUCAAAGGUUUGGCGUUUUCUCCUGACUCUACGAGAAUAGCCGUGGGACAGACUGACAACAUGGUGUUUGUAUACAAAAUUGGUGAUAGUUGGGGAGCCAAAAAGGUGAUAUGCAAUAAAUUCGGAACACAGUCUCCGGUGACCUGCAUGCUGUGGAUGUCUGAGGGGCCGAUAAUUUACGGGCAAUUAGACGGCAAGAUACGGGCUGCCCACUACAAAUCCAAUAAAUCUCAGACCCUUUACGCCACUGGUUCGUACGUCGUGUCACUAGCCUCCAAUACACGUGGAACAGCGUUUAUAUCUGGACAUGCUGAUGGAUCGAUCGUGAGAUAUAUAAUCACAGAAGGGUCAUCAACUGAACAACAGCUAUUAUUUCAGGGACGAAUUGUUGUUCAUCCGGUCCCUCCUUAUGCGUUGUGUUGGGCUUCUGGAUGUAUCAUUGCAGCAGGAUGUGAUUUUUCAGUGCAGUUUUACGACCAAAACGGACGUUCCUGCAAACAGUUUGAUUAUUCACCAGGCAGUAAUUGUCCUGACCAAAAGGAGUUUACCGUGGGCUGCAGUAGUCCCAGUGGACAAGCAGUUGUCAUUGGCAGUUUCAAUAGGUUACGGUUGUACUCGUGGAGCCCAUCUAAACUAACAUGGGAAGAAGAAAAUGUCAUGUAUAUACCCAAUAUGUAUACAGUUUCUGCAUUGGCAUGGAAAAGAGAUGGAUCACGCAUUAUCUGUGGUACUUUAUGUGGAGGCAUGGAACUCUUUGAAUCUGUUAUAAAACGAACCGUAUGGAAAAAUAAAUUCGAAAUGACCUACGUAGGGCCAAGUCAAGUUUUAGUGAAACCACUCAAUAACGAAUCUAAUAACCAAUCAUCACACGGUGUUAUACUUAAAUCUCAAUAUGGCCAUGAAAUUGAAGAUGUUCGAGUAAUGGGAGAAGAUCGUUACUUGAUUGGUCGUACAAGAGACACUUUGUUAUUAGGUGAUAUGGAAAGGAAUUUACUGAGCGAAGUUGUGUGGCCUUAUUCUGAAAGAAAUGAGAAAUUCUACUUCGAAAAUCCAAGUGUAUGUUUGAUUUUCAAUUGUGGUGAAUUGACCCUCGUGGAAUACGGAAACGAUCAGAUACUAGCGACCGUCAGAACUGAGUUUGUAAAUCCUCAUUUGAUUAGUGUACGGCUGAAUGAACGCAAACAAUUCAACUCCAACGAAGAAAACAAAAAACUCGCCUAUUUACUGGACUUAAAGACAAUUUGUAUCGUGGAUUUAGUUGUAGGAGUUGUUGACCUACAGAUUGGCCAUGCAAUAAAAAUUGAUUGGCUCGAAUUGAAUGAAACUGGUCAUAAGUUAUUAUAUCGAGAUAAAAGUACAACACUUACACUGUUAGAUGCAAGAACCGGUCAUAAGGAAAUAUUACUGAAUGGGUGUUCUUUUGUACAAUGGGUGAUUGGCAGUGAUGUCGUCGUGGCUCAGGGACGACAAGGCGCUUGUGUUUGGUACAAUAUUGACACGCCCGACCGAGUAACUGUGUUAACAGUGGCUGGCGACGUAAUGUCCGUCGACCGAAUUUCGGGAAAGACAACGAUUCGUUGCCAAGAAGGUGAACGACAUUAUACUUACGACUUGGACGAACGUCUUGUAGAAUUUGGUACGGCUGUACACGAUAGCGAUUUUGGACGGGCUAUAUUAUACCUGGAAAGUUUAGAGGACAGUGAUGAUCAUCAGUACGAGGUUGAUGGCAUGUGGCAAAACCUAUCAGAUAUUGGCCUACAGCUAAUGAACUUGCCAGUAGCUGCAAGAUGUUUGGCAGGUGUCGGUGACUAUUGUAAAGCGUGGUAUCUGCAAGAAACUUAUAAGUUAGCUGAAAAUUUCGCAAAGGAAAACAAUAAUGACGGAAUGGAUUGUCCAGAGGUGUGGGCUCGGAUAGCAGUAUUGAAUGGUCAAUUACAAGCAGCUGAAGUAUUAUACCUAGAACAAAAUAAAGUGGAAAAAGCAAUUCAGAUGUAUUUGUCAUUACACAAAUGGGAAAAUGCUAUUCAUUUGGCUGAAUCCAAAAACCGUCCAGACGUCGAUGAUUUGAAAUCGCAAUAUCAUUUUUGGCUACUAGAUACGUGUCAAGAAGAAAAAGCAGCUGAAAUUAAAGAAAUGGAAGGAGAUAAAAUGUCGGCGCUUCAGUUAUAUAUGAAAGCUGGUUUUUUUAGCAAAGCUGCAAAGCUUGUUCAAGAUGACCCAGAACUUUUGGCUGAUUCAGUUGUAGAAAAGGUACUGUCUGGAUUGCUAAGACUGGAAAACUAUCACGUUGCAGGAGAACUUUGUCAAUCGCAGGGGAAUCCUGGCAAAGCUAUGGAAUUUUACUGUAGAGGAAACAUAUACGCUAAGGCCGUGGAGUUGGCGAGAUUCAUAUCCCCUUCAGAGGUUGUUUCUUUAGAAGAAAAGUGGGGAGAUUUCUUAGUUUGCCAGAAACAACAAGAUGCUGCUAUAUCUCAUUAUAUUGAAUCCGGAAAUACAGUAAAGGCCUUAGAAGCUGCCAUUGGUGCCAGACAGUGGAAAAAAUCAAUGCAAAUUAUGCAGGUUAUUGAAGAUAAAACAUUGAUAACCAAGUAUGGAUCUCAUUUGGCUGAACAUUUUAAAACAGUUAACGACUAUAAGACCGCUGAAAAGCUUUAUAUGGAAUGUGGAAUGCACAGAGAAGCUAUUCAGCUCUAUUUAGAAACAGGGAAUUGGGAGAAGGCACAUAAGCUUUUAAAGAACAACCCAACCUUGACAGACUUGAGUGAAGAAUUAGAAACUUAUGGCAAAAAGUUGGAAAACAUGGGCAGGAUUAAGGAAGCGGAAAAGCUUUAUAUAGCUUUGGAAAAAAUAGAUCUGGCCAUCAAUAUGUACAAGAACUGUCAACGUUACGACGAGAUGAUGUCUCUUGUGAGCAAGUACCACAGUGAUUUAGUGAGCACCACCCACGUUCAUUUAGCUCACGAGUGUGAGACUCGAGGCAACUACAGGGCGGCGGAACACCAUUUCGUACAGGCCGGGGAAUGGAAACUCGCGGUAAAAAUGUAUCGAUCGUUGGAUAUGUGGGAGGAAGCGUAUAAGAUUGCAAAAAACAAUGGUGGAGAAUACGCAGCUGAACAAGUAGCAUUUUUGUGGGCUAAAUCGUUAGGUGGAGAUUCAGCUAUCAAGUUACUGAAUCGUCUUGGUCUUCUAAAUGAGUGUAUUGAUCAUGCCAGUGAUAGUUAUCAAUUUGAUUUUGCUUUCGAAUUGGCUCGCUCCGGAGGUACCGAGCGUUUGACUGAAGUGCACUAUAAAUACGCUCUUGUGCUUGAAGAUGAUGGUAAAUUUCAGGAAGCGGAAAAACAUUUUGUGGCUGGAAUGAAACCUAAAGAAGCAGUAUUAAUGUACAUACAUAACCAGGAUUGGGACAACGCGGAACGUGUUGCUGAUCAACACGACAAGAGCGCCAUGUCCGAUGUGCUACUGUCCAGGGCCAAGAUAGAGUUUGAAGCAGCCAAUUAUCCGCGGUUCGAGGCGUUGAUGUUGCGUUGUCAUAAGCCUGAACUCAUUGUCAAACAAUAUCAGGAAAAAGGGAUGUGGGUAGAAGCAUUGAAGUCGUGUCGUGAAUACUUGCCUACCAAAGUAGAUGAGGUGCAAGCAGAAUACGACAGGGAGUGCGGCGCUCGAGUGACCAGAGACAUUAACAGUCUGUUCGCGCAAGCCAGCCAGUGGGAGCAAAAUGGAGAGUUCAAAACGGCUGUGGAUUGUUUGCUCAAGGUCACUUCAACCAACUGUAAAGACGACCGUAUUAUAUCGAAAACGCUCAACGAAGCGACGCGAAUGACAUUAAAAUACUUAGAUGGCGAAGAGUGUGUGGACGCUGCUAAAAAGUUAGGACCGCGUUUAAUAGAAUACGAAGAAUACUUAUUAGCAGCUAAAGUGUUUGUAUGUGCCGAUAUGAUGAAAGAAGCAAUAGAUGCAUUCAUUGCUGGUGAUUAUUGGUCUAAAGCCAGAAAACUAUCUUCUGAACUAGAUUCUUCAUUUGAGAGAUAUGUUUCGGAGUGUUAUAAAGAUAGUCUUAAAAGGGAAGGAAAACCAGAACAAUUGUUGGCUGACAUGGAUGUGGAAGAGGCGCUAGACAUGUUAUCAGCCCAGGGCAAAUGGUCCAAAUGCUUGGACGUCGCCCGACCACACGGACAAGUUGUUCUUCACAAAUAUAUUGCAUUAUAUGCCACAGACUUGCUUAGGGAAGGUAAUGCUUUUGAAGCAUUGAACUUAUAUACACAGUAUGAUGUACCAGCCUUUCCUCAGAAUUUCAAUAUAUACAGACGUAUAGCAUUAGAUGUAUUCAGUAAACGAGAGAUGGACAAAGUAGAAAGCUACGAUAUCUGGGCCAAGCUGAGAGAUAUGUUUUUCAAAUUGAUGGAGAAUACCAAUCAACCAAAUUCAGAAAUUUGGAAAGAGUUCGAAAAGUACAUGUUCAUAUCUCAUUUAUACGCCAUGCGAUGUGCUUUUGGUGAAAUAUCGUCACUCAGCGCAUUGGUUGUGAAAUUGUUGGUUGCUCUUUUAAGAUACACAGACAUUAUUCCAGCAGAUAAAGGAUACUACGAAGCAGGAAUUGCAGUUCGCGACGGCAAUCGUAAUGCAGAGGCAUUCGUUUUUCUGAACCAUUAUUUGGACAUCACUGAUGCCAUAGCGGACGGUCAAAACGAGAUGAUCGACGACACAGACUUGCAAGGUACAGACUUCCCAACCAACGUACCACUACCGCAAACCAUGCACGUUGAAAACGAACAACAUGAACUAGUAAGAGAAUGGAUUCUAACAAACGCCAUGGACCGAGACAUCAGUCAGAGUUUGCCGACAGACCAGAGGAAGCUUUACCCGUCGAACCUAACGGCACCUGACGGUGGAACGUAUCCUGUGUGCAUCGUGUCCGGAUGGCCGGUGAUCGACACAAAAAAGAGUAACGCGGUGACGUUUGAGAACGGAAGGAUGGCCAUCAAGGAUGACUGGACAAAAGUAAUGACCGUAUCGAAAACCAUUCAAUCGUCGGCUGUAAAACAGACAUUGGAGUUUAUCGCAAAAUGGUGUGGGCCGCCAGUGCAACAGUACUCGUUCCAUUGAACUCGCCGUCACGAUCAAAUCGUGUCUACUGAUAUUUUUGUUUAUUUUUUUUUUUUUAGGGGGGUAUUGGUAGAGAUUUAACCCCUGCCUAAGAAAUAAUUAUUCAAUAAAAAAAAUUCGUUACAAAUACGAUAGUCUACAGACAGACAAAAAAGUAUUAAUAAUAAUAAACAAAAAUAUUUGUAUACACAUGUACAUCGACUCCGAAAAAAUGUCUAUGAAAAACGAGUUUUUCUAGCCAUUUCUAUAUUUUAAACGUCGUAAUAGUCCCCCCUCCACCCAAUGCGCAUCAUGAAUUAGUAGUAUUAAAAUAAUAAAAAAAAUAAUUAGUUAUUUAUACGUGUUCAAUAAUUUAUCAUAAACACUAUUUAUAAUCAAUGGUUCAAUUAACAAUAAUACACGAG